AAAGAAAAAGAAAAAGGAAGCAGAGAGAGAAUGGCCUGGUAAAGAAAAGCCUUUCUUCUUUAUCCGCUCUUGCCCCUGCUCUCUCUCUUCUUCUCGCCUUCUCCAUCAAAGCUCCACGGACCGAAAUGUUCAAACAAACGGCCGCGGCGGACUUCGCCGACGACCUCUAUCUGCUGGAUUCUUCCGAUGAAAAGAACUCGACGAACCCUAACCCUAACCCUAACCGCCGCCGGGCGGCGCAUUUUUUCCAUGAAAUCCUCAACUCCGACGACGAUGGACUUGACGGUUUGGCGGCGCCGGAAGGAAGCAACGAGGAGGAGGAAGAAGAAGAGCUCGAGUGGCUUGCGAAUAAGGACGCUUUCCCGACUCUGGAAACCUUCAUCGAUCUCUCGGCCCACUCAUUUAACGGCAGCUUCACCUUCUCCGGCGAUCGCCGGAGCCCUGU